UUUCUGCAGCUGAGUUUUGUGAUGUAAAAGUGUUGUGGCCGUACAAAAGCCGACAGUGAAAAAAAUAAUAUAAUGCGAAGUUGUUAAUUUUGUUCGGGAAAAAUAAUUACUACCUCAAUAGAAACCGCAUUUCUCGUUCUCGACUAAUACUUAUCUGCGUUCUAGUAGAAAUCAGGACUCUUUUGAAACAUCAUGAGCAGCGCACCGGCACCGACGGCCCAGCAGCAAGCCGAACUUGAGUGGAUUCAAAUGCGCAAGGACUAUGCGGAUAUCCACGCGGAAACGACUCGCGAGAAGAUGGAACGGAAGCUAAAGGAGAACCCGCUUGUACCGAUCGGAUGCGCCGCGACGCUCGGUGCACUCGGGUAUGGGCUGUGGAGUUUCCGCCAGGGCCGCCGACAGAUGUCUCAGUACAUGAUGAGGGCUCGAAUCUUUGCACAAGGUUUCACCGUGCUGGCGCUGAUCGUGGGUGUCGGGAUGACCUACACCAAGCAGGAUGAGAAGAAGAAGUGAGAGGUAUUCUGCCAGGUCAGCGUGAACUGGCGGAAUUUUGUUGGUUGAUUUAAAGUUUUGUGCGAGAAAUUA